AUGGUGGAUUUGACCGGUGACUCCGACAACUCCGACAAGGAGGACAUCGCGGACGCGGAUACAUUGCUGGAUAUGUUCAGAGCAUCUGGGCCUGAAAUUGCAGCCACUUCCACACAAGAUAAUGAUCCGGGUAACCAGACGGGUGAUCUCACUGGUGUGGCUCCCGCCCCCGCCCCCGCCCCCGCCCCCGCGGACGCGGACGCAGGGACCCCUAGCCCGGUGGCCAAGCGGGAGCGAAGUUUGACCCCCGAACCUUCAGUCGCCCGGCCUACGUCUUCUUUAAGAGGUCGGCGGCUUCGCCCUCGCCGGUCCCAGCAUGCCCAGCAUGCCCAGCGCGCCAUCAGCACCGACAGCACUGGGACCGAGCGCGCGUCCCCACCACCACCGGAUAAGAUCCUAUCAGAGCGCUCAGGAUCAGGACCUGUUUACCUCCGACAGAUGUGCAGCGCUGGGGGGCUACGCUAUUGGAGCAUCACUUUCCUAGGGGACCUCAAGUUCAGUGGUAGUGAGAAUGAAGUUGUCUCCUCUCCUCGCCGGAAGAGACGGCGGACCUGA